AACUAUACAGUAGCAGCAGCACUUCCUGUGUCUGGGCACCUCCUUUGGCCUAGUGCGCUCUGCCUGGCAUUGCUCCUGGCACCUCCUUUGGCACCUCCUUUGGCCUAGUGCGCUCUGCCUGCGUUGCUCGUGGACCCUGUGGGACCAUCUUCAACACAGUUCCUGGAUGAGCCUAGGCCUCUUUUCACACGAGUCGUAGCCCCUGCCCACUUGCCCUGAGCAGGACCACCCUUAGUAGGGGGUGAUGGAAAGGUCCCUGGAGGGUGGGGAUGAGUCCCCAGACUCCCAGGGGCACGCCACCGACUGGAGGUUUGCUGUAUGCAGUUUCAGGGAUGCCUGGGAGGAGGAGGACUCUGCUUCCCAGAUUAAGGACCCUAGUCCUCCACGACCACCUGCCCAGGGCGGAGGGCUUUUGGGCAGCCCCUUGUCCAGGGACCUACAAUUGCCUUCAGAACUACAGGCUAUAGAUGGGUCGGGGGAUGGCCAGAAGAGCACAUUAGGAGGCUCCUCGGUCCAGUCAGAGGAGCCAUUCCCCUCUGGAGUGGAGAGCCUCUUGUGCCCCAUGUCCUCCCACCUCAGCCUGGCACAGGGUGAAAGUGACAACCCAAGGGGAGGUUUGGUAGGGGACCCAGGUCCAGGAGUGGCAUUGCCAGCAGUCUUAGGCCCUGGGGGGUUGGACAGCAGCCCUGUGGAUCUUGGAGACCCUUUAUCAGACACAUCAUCAAAACCGAUGGUGACAGACUCUAGGAGAUCCAGCCUUCCCAAGUCUGCCGACUGCCUCCUGGCCCAAAACCUCACCUGGGAACUGCUGGCCAGUGGCAUGGCUGCCUUGCCAGGAACUCGUGAUGUAGAAGGCCGAGCUGUGCUACUGCUGUGUGCCCACAGCCCAGCCUGGCUUCACCCCAAGUGCAGCAGCCAUGAACUCAUCUGCCUCCUACUCUACUUGCGAGGCAUCCCCAGGCCUGAAGUCCAGGCCUUGGGACUUACCAUACUAGUUGAUGCCCGGAUUUGUUCCCCAAGCUCUUCCCUCUUGUGGGGGCUAUGCCAACUACAAGAAGCAGCUCCGGGGUCAGUGCACCAGGUGCUGCUAAUGGGAAAAAUGCCUGAGGAGGUACCUUCAGGGCUUCAGCUGGAGCAGCUUCCCUCUCAUCAGAGCCUGUUGACCCACAUCCCUACUGCAGGGUUGCCUACUUCAUUAGGAGGAUGCCUGCCUUACUGCCACCAGACUUGGCUGGAUUUCCGAAUGCGACUAGAAGCCCUCCUGCAGAGCUGCCAGGCGGUUUGUGCCCUGCUCCAGGGGGCCAUCAAGAAUGUGAAGGCUGUACCUCAGCCUAUGGAGUUUGGGGAAGUUGGUCAGGUGCUACAGCAGGCACAGGUCCUGAUGCAGCAGGUGCUGGACUCACCACAGCUGGCAUGGCUACAAUGCCAGGGGAGCUUAGAACUAGCAUGGCUGAAGCAGGAGGUCCGAGAGGUGACUCUGAGCCCAGACUACAGGCCAGCAGUAGACAAGGCUAAUGAACUAUAUGGCCGUGUAGAUGGACUGCUGCAUCAGCUGACCCUGCAGAGCAACCAGCGAGUGCAGGCACUAGAGCUGCUCCAAACACUGGAGACCCAGGAGGGCAGGCUGCACCAGAUUGAAGUAUGGCUACAGCAGGUUGGCUGGCCAGCACUGGAGGAGUCAGGGGAGCCCUCACUGGACAUGCUGCUUCAGGCUGUAGGCCCUUUCCGGGAGCUGGACCAGGUUGCCCAGGAGCAGGUCAGGAGAGGGGAGAAGUUUCUACAGCCACUGGCUGGCUGGGAGGCAGCUGAACUGGGUCCCCCUGGGGUGCGCUUUCUGACCCUGCGAGCCCAGCUGAUAGAAUUCUCUAGGGCUUUAGCCCAGCGGCGCCAGAGGCUGGCAGAUGCUGAGAGACUGUUUCAGUUCUUCAAGCAGGCCUCAACAUGGGCUGAGGAUGGGCAGCGAGUACUGGCAGAGCUGGAGCAGGAGCACCCAGGGGUUGUGCUACAGCGGCUACAGCUGCACUGGACCCAGCACCCUGACUUGCCUCCUGCGCACUUCCGAAAAAUGUGGGCUCUGGCCACGGGGCUGGGUUCAGAGCGCAUCCGCCAGGAAUGCCGCUGGGCCUGGGCACAGUGUCAGGAUACCUGGUUGGCCCUAGACCAGAAGCUAGAGGCUGCACUGAAGCCACCACUGACAGGCAGCACAGCUAGCCUGCGUGUCAGCCAGGUUCCUGCAGUACCUGCUACUCCUCCCUUGAGGAAGGCCUACAGCUUUGAUCAGAAUCUGGGGCAGAGUCUCAAAGAGUCUGCCCACCACUUCCAUCAUGCUGCCAUUGUCACUGCCUGCCACAAACCAGAGGCUGGAGGAGGUACCCGUCCCAGGUCAUACUCUACUUUGCCUCUACCAGGCAAAGACCUCAAGAGCCCCAAUAGGCCACAGUUGGUGUUGGCAGAGAUGGUGGCCACUGAGCGAGAGUAUGUCCGGGCCCUUGACUACACCAUGGAGAACUAUUUCCCUGAGCUGGAUCGCCCCGAUGUGCCACAAGGUCUCCGUGGCCAGCGAGCUCACCUUUUUGGUAACCUGGAGAAGCUGCGGGACUUCCAUUGCCAUUUCUUCUUGCGUGAGCUGGAGGCUUGCACCCGGCACCCACCCCGAGUGGCCUAUGCCUUCCUACGCCACAGGGUGCAGUUUGGGAUGUAUGCACUCUACAGCAAGAAUAAACCUCGCUCUGAUGCCCUGAUGACCAGCUAUGGUCACGCUUUCUUCAAGGACAAGCAGCAAGCACUGGGAGAUCAUCUGGACUUGGCCUCCUACCUGCUAAAGCCCAUCCAGCGCAUGAGCAAGUAUGCACUGCUAUUGCAGGAGUUGGCACGUGCCUGUGGGGGACCUGCACAAGAGCUGAAUGCCCUUCAGGAGGCCCAGAGCCUUGUACACUUCCAGCUACGACAUGGCAAUGACCUGCUAGCCAUGGAUGCCAUCCAGGGCUGUGAUGUUAACCUCAAGGAGCAGGGGCAGCUAGUGCGACAAGAUGAGUUCACAGUGCGCAGUGGGCGUCACAAGUCCCUUCGUCGUGUUUUCCUCUUUGAGGAAUUGCUACUCUUCAGCAAACCUCGCCGUGGGCCUGCGGGUGUUGACACAUUUACCUAUAAGCGUUCCUUCAAGAUGGCAGACCUUGGCCUCACUGAGUCCUGUGGGGAUAGCAAACUGCGCUUUGAGAUCUGGUUCCGUCGUCGCAAGGCCAGGGACACCUUUGUGCUACAGGCCUCUAGCUUGGCCACCAAGCAGGCCUGGACAGCUGACAUCUCCUGCCUGCUCUGGAGGCAGGCUGUCCAUAACAAGGAGAUUCGUUUGGCUGAGAUGGUGUCCAUGGGUGUGGGGAACAAGGCCUUCCGGGACAUCGCACCCAGUGAGGAAGCUAUCAACGACCGCAAUAUCAACUGUGUCCUAAAGUGCCGAGAAGUUCGCUCUCGGGCUUCUAUUGCUGUGGCCCCAUUUGACUAUGACAGCCCCUACCGGGGGUCCUCAAGCUCCCUUCCUGGAGACCCUGCCUCUUGCUCUGUUCUGGAGUCCCUCAACUUGCACCUGUACAGAGACCCGGCUCUUCUGGGUGUCCGCUGGCCCCUGUAUCCUCCCAACUUCCCAGAGGAAGCAGCAUUGGAAGCUGAGGCAGAACUGGGCAGCCAGCCCUCUUUGACUCCUGAGGACUCUGAAGUCUCAUCCCAGUGCCCAUCAGCCAGUGGCUCCAGUGGCUCUGACAGCAGCUGUGUGUCAGGGCAGGUCUUGGGGAGGGUCCUUGAGGACUUGUCCUAUGUCUGACCUCAGUGGUGAUAAGUGGAUCUAGAAGCCAGUAUCUCCAAGAAACAUCACUUCUCUGGAUCUUCUGGUGCCUGUUCCACCUCACUGUUUUCUGUGGCCACUGACUACCCUGGAGCCUCUGGCUGCACAGCCUGGGAAAGAACCUUGAUCCCAGGUUUCUGGCUCCAUGUGUCCUUCUCCUGUCCCUACUCCCAACUUUAAGUUCAGAAUAGGCUAGGGCAAGCAUUUACAUGCUCUAGGGGGUACCAUUUGGCUUUGGGCAGUGACUGGGCUGCACCCAGCCCUUGGGAGAAACAUAGUGAAGCUGCUCACUGGCUUUAAUGAUGAGCUCCCCAAACACAGGAGCCAGCCUAACCCUAGUGGGCCCACCCUUGCCUGCCCUGGCUCCCCAGGCCCAUCCUCUGCUUUUGGGCCAGUUUGGUUAUUUUGAUGUGAUUCCUUUUGAAUAGCUUUCAGUUAGAGUUUGUUAUUAUCUCACAGGUCCCCUUAGUCCUUUGUCACUGAAGUCCUUUGUGUCUCAGAGAAGGAGUCUAGACCUUUUACUUGUGAUCUACUGUUUUAUUUGUUUAAUUACAAAAGAAUAGACUAAUUUGGAUGGGCACAUGCAUGGGAUGGAGGCUGCAGGGCAGCGUCUCUGGGCACCCUAGCCCUCUUGUAAGUACUUGCUCAAAACAGA